AUGAGUAAAAGGGGUGAGGGUUGUGUUAGUGUUGAUGGAGGAUGGCUUUGUAUGGGUGAGGAUGAUAUGGAGCGGAAUACAUUACCCACGGGUAAUGUGGUUAUGAGAAUAGGAGACGACAACCGUGGUGAUUUAAGGGGUAUGCACACUAAGUGUUUUAGUCUUGAUCUUGGUGGGGAUGGCUACCUAGAGGGUGUUUUUGUGAUGCUUGUGCUUAGAGGAUGA